AUGGAAGCUAUCAAUGCAACAUUGCGUAGGACGCCGGACAUUGUAAAUUUAAAGUCGUGCACGCUCGCGACAUCGAAAUCGGAUAAAAAUCAAAAGAGCUUCAUAUGUGGGAAGUAUGUGAUCCAGUAUGACGAGGAUUCAAAAGUGCGACUGUUUCUUUCAAAGAAUGGUUCCUGUCUUAGAACCAUUACACUGCCAGGAAGGAUAACAGUAAUCGAGCCAUGGGAAGAUGAAAAAAUCAUCUUCUGCGCCUUCGAGAGUAGAAAAACCGACCACUGUGGGGAAGUGCACCUGCUCUCAUUGAACAAAUCGUUGACGGCGAUCCGAAAAUUCAAAAUAAGCUCCGAAACCGUCACUCACAUUCGCCCCGUUUUCCUUCGCCCAACGCUGUCUCACAAAGCUGCCCUUCAUCCAGAUCUGAUCGACUUCCACGGACUUGCUGUUUUCGCAACCAGUUCUGGAAACAUCCUCUUUGUCGAUUUAAAUAUCGGUGAAGAUCAUCGUAUGUCUCCUGCGCUCACAGACUUGGAAUACCUGGACGUAGACGUCAUUUCAGAAGUAAGAAACGAUCUCUACAAAUCCGACUCCUGCCCAGCUGUCUUCGAGGGAAACCAUCGUAGAUCGCAAGACGCGGCCAUUUCCACACUCACAGUCGCUGUCCAACAGUCACUACUGCUAAUAGGCUACGAGGACGGAGUUGUGAGCUUUUACGCGCUGAAAGAAAUGAGGUCGAUCCACGAGAGUCCAAAUGAAGACGAAGAGUACGGCGUCAUCAAUCGGAUCAUCAUCCAAGAGCCUGGAAACGACCCGAAGAAAGUGUGCUACAUGUGGCAGUGCUCGCAGUUAGACGAGCAGGUGCAGCUAGAGAUGUUUGCGUUGGAAUUUCGAAGGCGGCAUCCGACGAAAAUUGAAGAAAAGGAAAGGAGGAUGUUUUACGAUGAGUUGGUGAGCGUCGGACAUAGAUUCUCGUUUUGGCAACAGGGAAAACUCACAAGCGCCUUUGCCGUCGAAAACUUCCACGAGCAUCCAUCUGAUUCCGAUAGUUGGGAAGAUGCAGAUAUUUAUGCCACUCCCAGCGAGAGCUACGUAUUUUUCGGCGUCGAGGAAGACAAAUUCCGCAUUUACAUGUUCGAGCUCAAUGGAUACUACAACGCGCGCUGUCCUGCGAGUUUGGGAUCAAAGUCGAAAUGGGAUCGUCGAUUCUUUUCAAUUCUCAACAUUUCGGUUGAAAAGCCAGAGGACAUCAGAAUCCAGUCGAAGUUUCUGAAACAUUUCGAGUGCUCCGACCGCGGUGGGCCGCUGAUGAUGACCGAAUGCCACGUGGAGGAUCCGACGGAGCCUGAGAGCAUAACAUUCACACUGGACGCGAUCAUCGACAAUUUCUACGAAGAGAACAUCGUCCAUAGUCGGCAAAACACGGCGCUAAGGCUACUCAAGAAGCUCGGAAACAUGGAGGAGUCGGCUAACGAGGUUCACAAAGAGCUUGAGUUUGCGCGACUGACGCUGAAUCAAGUAAAAAAGAUCAGUGGAGGCUACAAGGAUACGUAUUCGAUAAUGGACGCCAUUACGAACUUGUCUUACGAUGAAAAGGUCGACAGUAUCCUCACCAGCGCGCUGUAUUUUGGUCAUCUUGACGACUUGACUAAAUUCUAUGGCGAAUCUGCAACAGAUAAUGAAAAGUCAAAGGCAUAUCUGUGGGGCAAAGAGAACAUAAAGCGCAUCAAGAAGCGAUUCAACAAGCUCAUCGCGAUACUGUACGUUCCUGUAAUGCGAACUGAGCAACGAUUCAACAGGCGAGAAACUUGGAAGCAGCUAAAAGUUAUCGAGCAGCUUUUCUUCGAUCUUCAUCGAUUCUACUUGACGAUUUCGAACGCUGAAGAUUAUUUGACACGAGGUUGCCAAAUCAAUCAAAAGUAUGCAGAUGUCCUCGCUUUUCUCGUGAAAAGCUCUAUGUUGCCCGAAACUGAGGAUCGCUCCAACUUCGGCUGGAACUACGAAUGCAUCAGGAACAUUUACGGCAGACAUCGAAACGGCAAAGAAGACGCGCUAAUGAUCGAUUUGGUCGUCAAAAUGGUUGAAAAAGUGGCUCAUUGUGAGUUGGAGACUUGGAAUAAAGCGAUGCAGUACCCUCCGCAGUCGCUGAAGUGCAUCAUCGACCUGAUUUUAAACAUUGACGUGCGUCCUGUCAUCACUGGAUCACUUCUGUGCUACGCGAUUCUUGAUAUCCUGCGGACAAAUGAUCUGACCAAGAAUGAAGCGCCGGUGGAAGAUCAAAUCUUUGCGGUGCUCAACGCACUCGGCAUGAAUCGUAAACUCGUCAAAUACAUUCAGGCCUGCUGGUUCUUAGAUAAUGGCUACUACAAAGAGGCCGUGAACUCUUUCAACAGCGGGUUAGCCGAGCCAAUUGUCUUCACUCACCACUGGACGCGCAUUUGCUCGAUUUUGCUCGAAAAUGACCACGUCAAAGAAGCCUUUGCGAUCUCUUCAAUUCACACGCCAGAAUGGAGCUCCUCAGCGGAACUGCUUGAGAUCACCUACCUAAGGAUCGACAUUUACUUGGCGAACAAACUUGUUUUCGAAUGCGUCCGAUGUAUUCAACAAACGAGAGCCGAGGAUCCUUCACUGGACUGGGAAAACGCCUUCAUUUACAUGGUCAAACAUGCCCGAGCACAGGGACUUCUCAGAGAACUAUUCAGCUGCCAGCUCUCUUACGAAGAACAGCAGCUUGUUUUUCAAGGAUCUCCAGAUGAUCAGUCGACUUCUUUGUAUAGAAAGCUUCUCAGCUUUUCAUCGCCGAUGCCAGUAAAGCCUACUCUCAAAGGAACGCCCCACCCGCUCUCAAGAAAAAGACUCCAAACUCCCACCAAGGCAUAUUUCAGCCCCAUGAUGCGCGAUCGAAGAAACUCAUCGAUCUUCCAGGAAAAAGACGACAUCGCACAGGCCCUCUUUUCGUCGCCCAGUGUAUUGCAAAUGAAAAACCUGAUUCAAGAGCCGAAUUCAUACGAGCAACUCACUUUGCCUCCAAAGCCAGUUCAGAGCUCUCUGACCAACUCUCAGAAAUCCGAGCGCGAGGAUCGAGUCCGUCCAAUACGAUUCAAGUCAGAAUCUUCAAUGGAAUGCUCCGGUCUUGAUGUUUCUAUGGCCAGUACGUCUUCUGAAUCAGCUGUCGAAAAAGCAGUUGAAUCAAAUAUCUCGACAGAGGGAACUGACUCUCACCAGUCUGGCUGCAUCUUCCCCGAUUCCCACUCGCAAGAGAAGGCUCCGAUUGAAAUUAUCGACGAAAGCGAAGACGAAGGUGUUCUUCAAACAUCUCUUGACAAGGAGAUUGAUCAGAACAACGCUUCUGUCUACGAUACACCCGAUGUGUCGAUGCUCCGACCUGACAGUGUCAACUCUAACAAAUCUGAAACGGUCGCUGUUCAGGAUGAAUCUUCGAGAAGUUCCAAUGGAACUACUGGUGCUGUAACCAUCGACGUCUCUAGCGUGAACCAGCAUCAAGAAAAGCAAGAAUCGCAAGAAAAAGCUGCUGAGAAUGGCUCGGAAUCGGAAGAAGCCGAAGUGCUGGAUCAAAUUCAAAAGGGUCCGACUGACUCAGAUUUGGAAGAGAAUCCAUCAAUUAUCGCCAUUCCAGAGAUGGUCAAGAACCCGGAUGUCGAAAGAGUCGGAGCAGAAUUACGAAAAGAUACGUCGAUGGAUGGUGAUCGCAUGACUGUUUCUGAUACCGAAAGCAUGGCACAAGAAGAUCAUCUGCUCCUGAGGCGACAUACCGUCCACAUGAGCGCUUCUCAGCCUUUGAAAGUUGUGGAAGAAAUGAAGGAAGACCAAAAUGAGAAAAAGAAAGACGCGGAGGCGGAAAUUGAGAAGGUCGAAGAGGAGGAAGAGCAAACCGGGCCAGUCACACCACCGAACGAUAAGAAAUAUGCAAAUAUGAGCCAAAACUUUGAGCAAGAACUAGCUGAAGUCGUUGAGAAAGAAGUCGAGUCAUUCGAAGUGGUCGGAAAAGAGAAUGAUCGGCCAGACAUCCCUGAAGAAGAGCCUUUCGUCGAGGUUGAAAUGGUUCAAGAGCCGGUGGUGCAACAAGAGCCUGUAAAACAAUCAUCGUGUGACGAGGAUGAAAUCGUACCUGAUAGCGAGAUGCCAGCUUUGGAGCCGGUCUUGGAGAUGCCAGAGGAAGAAACAGUUGCGGAGAAAGAAAGUCACGACUUACCCGCUCCUGACGAAGAAGGAAAAGCGGUUGACGAUGAAGUCGCUGAACUAACUAAAGCCGAUGAAGAUUAUUUCAACCCUGUUGAUCAGCAAUCGGCAUUGACGAAAUCUGAACUUCUUCAGAAACUUAACGAGCUUGAGGACGCUGAACCCGGAGAUCUGCGAAAGCUUCACAAAGUUUUCUUCAACAAGAUGGCAGUCGUUUCGAAAACUACCAGAGCGACGUAUGAGAAGAAAAUCCGAAAACACAUCGAAGACAGGCUGGCCGAAAUCGCUCCUGGAGCAGCUCAAAGUAGCAGAUCAUCAAGCCGUGCAAGCACUAGCUCGAGAAAGCGAGGAACUACUCCAAAGCCCGUCGAAAAGCAAAAGAAGGCUGCGGCGACUCCAAAGAAAUCAAAGUCCUCACCGCCGUCCAGAGUUGACACGCCGCUAAGACGCUCCUCACGAAUCAGAAACAAGUCUGAAUCUGAUAUGUCUGGAAACGAAUCGGAUGCUUCUGUCAGUUCCGUCGGCUCAGCUCGGUCUAACAAGUCGACAAAAUCAACUGGCUCUCGUGCUAGUCGUCGGACUAGAAAGCCUUCUGCUGCGAAAGCACUCACGCUCAAGCCCGUUCCUGAGAACGAAGAGCCUCUCUUUUCCCCUCCACGGGCUCUGAGCAAGAGCCAGCCGAAAGACGGCGACCAAGAAAACGUCGAGCCCAUUCCCUUUUCGUUUUCAACCCCUAGUAAGCGCGGAAGAAAGCGUUCAGUCGAUGAUCUCGAGGAUGCUGCGCAAUCGCCCGCCAAGGCACCUCGAAAAUCAGCCUCGCAACCCGUCACCAGUGAGCUCGUUGCAAAUGAACCUACGACGCCGCUGAGACGAAGCUCAAGGUCCCGACGAGGCUCUUCCCGCUCACAAAACUAA